CCGCCUUCCCACAAUGCAUCGGAGGAGGGGGGGGUAGGCUGAUAAGUGGACCCAAGAUGGCGUAGAAAGUAGAGCUUGAUUUUCUGUCUCUGAGUCAUGGCAGACAGGAGGCCAGAAAAGUCCUGUGAACAAGCAUGUGAAUCGUUGCGAAAGCAGGAGUACGAGGCAGCAGCGAGGCACUGCACUGAGGCCCUCCUCUCCCUCAGCCAUAUCCACUCGAGCUCCAGCGUGGCGUUCCAGCAGAGCAGUGAUUUUGCCCGCAAUAAGGCCCUGCUCUGUAGGAUAGCAGCGCUUCUGCAGUUGAAAAACUAUGAUCAAGCUGAUGAGGACUGCAGACAUGUGCUCGCGGAGGAGUUGGCCAAGGGAGAUGGGUCCUUUCAGGCAGUGCUUCGCUGCAUGUUUCUGGAAGGCAGCUUGCAGGAUGUACACAAUAUCCUUACCAAGUCUCUGUUGAAGGAACCUUUGAAUGGAAUGGUGACCAAGGACUUGUCCAGACUGAAAAUGCUGCUUGCUGAGAUAGAGGCAGCAAGUAAUGUGAUAACCUCAGGAUAUGUGGAAGAAACAGAGGAAGAUAUUGAGGAUGGAUGGCAGUUUCGACCACCCCCUCGUGGAGUUACUAGCAGCGAGGAGUACACCCUUUGCAAAAGGUUUUUGGAACAGGGUCUUUGCCGCUAUGGGGCACAGUGCACCUCAGCCCACUCAACGCAGGAGCUUGCAGAAUGGCAGAAGCGGUAUGCUUCACGUUUGAUUCGCCUGAAACAGGAGCAGGAAGGAAAGCAGCUCACGGGAAACUACAUGGAGAUGCUCAUCGAGAAGUGGAUGAAUUCCCUGACUCCCGAGAGAGUGCUUAGUGAAUAUUUAGAAGGAGUAACUGUGGAGCCCACCCCAGAGCUGUCUGUCACAGUAACUGCCAAAAAAUCAUACCAGAAUUGGACAUUCUCACUUUUUUGUAAGCCUGCAAGAACACUGUAUAGAAUAGCUCUUUUAUAUGAUGCUCACCGGCCUCAUUUCUUUAUCACAACUGUUUCUGUGGGAGAUGCAACCAAGCAGGUGCUACAAGACGUCCCAGACAACUGCCAGGAGUGGAUUGGUGGUGAAGGCACAGAGAAUGGACUUGAUCACUGCAUUUAUAAAGUGGUGGUUGCAUUUAGCACUGAAAUAUUUGGGACAUUUCGGCAGACAAUUGUCUUUGAUUUCGGUACUGAGCCUGUACUGAUGCAAAGAAUCAUGGUGGAUGCUGCUUCAAUUGAAGAUCUAGAACAUUUGAGACAAGCCCGUCAACAGCUACUCAUCACAGCAAAACGGUGGGACUCCUCAUGCAAAACAAUAGUUGAAUUUGAACCCAAUGAGACUACUGAAUUGGAGAGAAGCCUUCUGAUGCGGUACCACAUCCCACUUUCAGCAGACCAGCUCUUUACACAGAGUGUCCUAGAUAAAAUGUUGACCAAGGACAACUACCAAUCCAGGCUUCAUGACCUCCUUUACAUUGAGGAGAUAGCCCAAUACAAGGAAGUCAGCAAGUUCAACAUUAAGGUACACUUGCAACUCUUGUCAAGCUUCAUGCUCACUGGGGUCUCUGGAGGUGCAAAGUAUGCUCAGAAUGGACAACUCUUUGGCCGUUUCAAACUCACAGAGACUCUUUCUGAAGACACUUUAGCUGGAAGACUGGUGAUGACCAAAGUCAAUUCUGUUUUACUACUGCCGCUUACAAAGGAGAAGCCUGUGCAGUCCCCAGGAGCCAAAGAGAAAGUCUAUGAAGCUGUGAUAGAAGAGAAGACCAAGGAUUAUAUUUUCUUACGAAUGUGUAAGGACUGCUGUGAGGAGCUAAAGUUGCGCCCUGAUCGGGAAGUGCAGGUUGAACUCCAGUUCCAGCUAAAUCGUUUGCCACUUUGUGAAAUGCAUUUCGCAUUGGAUAGAAUCAAGGACACUGAUAUUCUUUUUCCUGAUACUAGUUUGAUACCCACCAUCCCUUGGAGUCCCAACAGGCAGUGGGAUGAGCAGUUGGACCCUCGACUAAAUGCCAAGCAAAAAGAAGCUAUUCUUGCUAUCACCACACCACUCACUAUCCAGCUGCCUCCUGUUCUCCUCAUUGGUCCCUAUGGGACAGGCAAGACAUUCACUCUUGCUCAAGCAGUCAAACAUAUACUGAAGCAGAAUGAUACUAGAGUCCUCAUUUGCACCCACUCCAACAGUGCUGCUGACUUGUACAUAAAGGAUUAUCUUCACCCCUAUGUAGAAGCAGGAAACAUUCAUGCUAAACCUCUCAGGGUAUACUUCAGGAAUCGCUGGGUGAAGACUGUCCACCCCAUUGUGCAAAAGUACUGCCUCAUUUCAAAUACACAGUUCACUUUCCAGAUGCCCCAGAAAGAAGAUAUUGAGAGUCACCGGGUGGUGGUUGUCACUUUGAGCACCUCCCAGUAUCUCUGCCAGUUGGACCUGGAGUCUGGUCUUUUUACACACGUUCUACUGGAUGAAGCGGCUCAAGCCAUGGAGUGUGAAACCAUUAUGCCGUUUGCUCUGGCCAGCAAAGCAACUCGUAUUGUUUUAGCAGGAGACCACAUGCAGCUCAGCCCCUUUGUGUACAGUGAGUUUGCUAGAGAGCGGAACCUGCACAUGUCCCUACUGGACCGUCUGUAUGAGCACUACCCAGCUGAGUACCCAUGCAGAAUCCUGCUCUGUGAGAAUUAUCGCUCCCAUGAAGCCAUUAUCAAUUAUACGUCUGAGCUCUUCUACGAAGGAAAACUGAUGGCCAGUGGUAAGCAGCCAGCGCACAAAGAGUUCCAUCCCUUGACCUUUUUCACAGCACGGGGAGAAGAUGUACAGGAAAAGAACAGUACUGCCUAUUACAACAAUGCUGAGGUGUUUGAGAUAGUGGAGCGGGUGGAAGAGCUCCGUAAAAAGUGGCCUGUUGCCUGGGGCAAACUGGAUGAUGGAAGCAUUGGAGUAGUCACACCAUAUGCAGAUCAGGUGUUUCGCAUCCGAGCUGAACUAAGGAAAAAAAGGAUGUCUGAUGUUAGUGUUGAACGAGUUUUAAAUGUUCAGGGUAAACAGUUCAGAGUGCUCUUCCUUAGCACUGUUCGCACACGGCACACAUGUAAACAUAAGCAGACGGCCAUUAAGAGGAAGGAACACAUGCAAGAAGAUUCAACAGAGGAUCUUGACUAUGGUUUUCUGUCCAACUACAAGCUGCUCAACACAGCCAUCACCCGAGCACAGUCACUAGUUGCGGUUGUGGGCGACCCUAUUGCACUCUGCUCUGUAGGACGUUGCAGGAAGUUCUGGGAGCAAUUCAUUACAAUCUGCCAUGAGAAUGGCAGUUUGCAUGGCAUCACACUACAGCAAAUUCGUGCUCAGCUGGAGGCACUCGAGCUGAAGAAGACCUAUGUACUCAAUCCUCUGGCUCCUGAGUUCAUUCCUAGGGCACUGCGACAACCAGGCGCUGGAAAUGGCAACAAACAGGCACAGCCAUCACCACCGAAGGGUAAAGGACAGCACCAAAACCAGAACGAUCAUUUUCAAGCUGAGAGCUUUGCUCAGCCCAGUUCUUCAGUUCUAAUUGGAAAUCCGAUCCGGGCAUUUACUCCCCCACUGGGCACAUCUGCCAGCAUUGGAAAUUCCCCAAGCCCAGUACAGCGAAUUGAUCCUCACACUGGCACCAGUAUUCUAUAUGUACCUGCUGUCUAUGGAGGCAAUAUGGUCAUGCCUGUCCCUGUGCCGGUCCCUUGGGCUGGCUAUCAGGGGCGAUUUGCUAUGGAUCCUCGCAUCAUGACACAUCAAGCUGCUGUGGCAUAUAACAUGAAUCUCCUACAAGCUCAUGGACGUGGAUCACCUAUCCCAUAUGCUGCUGGACACCCUUCACCAGUGGGCCUGAAUCAGCAACAGGAAAAGGAAACCCAGGAACCAACUAGAAAUGGCAAACCUGAAGGAAAUGUGAAAGGAGAGCAAAAUAGAUUGCAGACCCCUGAGAGGAAGCUUUCAAGCUCCAAAGAGAAACAGGAAGAUUCUGAAGCAGGACAAAAUAAGAGCCCAGAAUCCCAAUCCAGCUUAGGUUUCUCCAGUGCACGAUUCCAUCGCAAAGACAAUCCUGGCCAGAGGCCAAUGAACUUUCACCUGGCACCUCCCAGCCACCCAUUUCCUCCUCACCCAAGUCGCCCACAUCAAUUCCCACAUCAGCUUCCUGUCCCUCGUCAGCCCUUUAGGGCACCAGGACAAGUGCCCCCUCUUCCUCCACAGCAUUCACCUCUCUCACCGGGAAUGUCAAGCGUGCACAACCCGUCUUUCUUCACCACUCCUUUGUCUGCUCGCAGUGUACACUCUCCUGGUGUCGAAACCACAACACCAGAGCAAGGGGCUCCAUCUCUAAUGCAGGAAGAGAUUGGGAAUCAAAUGAGACCAGUUCAGCAGACACCCAAUCAUUUGAGCAGCUUUGUGGAAGACAACUCAGAGUCAUCCCUGGGAGAGGCAUUGGAUGUGCCAGCUGUUGCCACUCUGGAAGGGUUGAGUCAACAGACACGUUUGAACCACUGGAGCGAGCACAAUCACUUCUUGCAGAGUGGCAUGACCUUCCCUCUGCACCUGUCUCAGCAGCCUUUCCGUUUUCCGCAGCAGCUCCUUAGAGGGAACUGGAGGGUGGCUGGUGCCGGUGAAGAAGAGGUUACACCAGGCUAUCCUAGGUUUCCAGGCCUGCUUCGAGAGAUACCACCUCAAGAACAGGCUGAGCUUCGAGACCAGUCAGAGAUGCCUCCACCUCAGUCACGCUUGUUACAGUACCGGCAAGUUCAGCCUCGGAGUCUUGGAUCCCUCCAGCCUGUACCACACAAUCACGGAACACAUUUUCCAGGUGGCAGUGGGGAUGUCAGCCAGGAGCUUGAAAUGAUCAACAGUCAGGGGUUUUCAUCACAUCAAGCACCGGUGUUUAACCCAGCUUUUCCAAUCCCUUCUGGACGCACUACACCCCCAAUGAUGAAGUAUGUGAUGCCCGAUGCACCAUGGACGCACCCAGCUCUCCACCAAAACCACAUGUUGGGUCAGGCCUUUCAUUAUGGUGUGCCACAGUUGGCUCACCGGCCUGAUCAGGUGCACUUACUACAGAUCCAGCAGCAUCAGCAGCAGCCGCAGCAGUCAUUGCCACCUCCUCCCCCGCUUCAUCAAGUCAGCAGCCAGGAAACGUUUCACCCAUUAUCCCCUCCAACUGUUUCUGCUUCCUCACUCCAGAAUAUAGAAGAGUAUGAGCCCCGAGGACCAGGCAGGCCGCUUUACCAAAGAAGAAUCUCUUCUAGCUCAGCACAGAUGUACCCUGAAGAGUCAGGCCCUCCCCCCAGCAAUCUUGUUCAGUGUAAGGAGCUUCAGGACCAUAGUAACCAUCUUUCAUUCAACUACUCGUCUCCAGAGCCAUGGGCGAAUGCCAGCUCUGUCCCAUUUCAGAACAUUCCAUGCAAUGGAGCCACCAGACUAGUUUUUCAAAGGGAACUUUUAGCUUCUUCCUCAAAGGCACUACGCCCAGCUGAGGAGUGUGCAAAGGUGGAAAGCGUCCAACAACUGCCCAGCUCCUUCAACUGUAAUACCCUGCAGCAUCACAGCCAGUUUCCACCACUCAUGCCCAACAAGCAGGCAACCUCUGAACCCUGUAUUGGCAGCAACAGCAGCACUACUAACAAACCCCCUACAAUGUCAUAUGCCAGCGCCCUGCGGGCCCCCCCAAAACCAAGGCCCCUGCCUGAGCAGGCAAAGAAAAGCAGUGACCCCUUGUCACUGUUACAGGAGCUCAGCAUAGGGAGUUCCACAGGUAGCAAUGGAUAUUAUUCCUAUUUUAAAUAAACAGAAAGAAUAAGGAUGACACCUCCAGGCUUUUUUUUUUUAAUUGUUUUUAUAGUUAGUAUUUUGAGUUUCAAUUUUUUACUUGCAUUAGUAGAGUCAUAUUCUUUGACAAGAUUACAUUUUUGUGUUGACAAUAAAAAGAAAAAAAAAAUGUUAAAGUUAAGCAUUUGGCUGUUCAGGUUCUCCUAUAUUUGUUCAUCUUGGCUGCAGACUUGCACAGAACAAUAACUGCAGCCUUGUAUGAUUUGCCCCCUUCUCCUGUGUUUUUCAGUUUUAAUUAUAAUACAGCAGUUGUUUCCAUCACAGUUGGCAGCCAAAUGGUUAACUACCAAACACACAAGUCGCAGAAUUGUAUAGAAGUAGAGGAACCUUUUUUUCUGGUCUGUAUAUACAAAUAAAAAUGUGUAAGAAAACAAAUUUGACUUUAUGUCACACAUUUACCACUGCAGAUUAAAUGUUCAUUAAUAUAAGACAUGUUUCAGUGAAACAGCAGGAGUAAUGGGAGUGGGCUGUGAUGGGGUGGAGAUGAGGCAAGACGUUGCCCUUGGGGGUUUAGUCUUCUGAUGUAUUCACUGCCAGCAAUAAGCCACCUGUGGUCAUACUUUUGAGGCUUCAUACACUGGUAUCUGUGUGUUUUAUUACCUUAGCUGAACCUUAUUCUUCUGCAUUUAUUUUAUAAUUCAUUUUAGGUUAUGUUGUAGCGACAGAGACCGUUUCUCUCACAUUCAGUCCCUUUUGUUUUCAGGUUACCUAUGGUUGUACUGGUCAUUUGUUCUCACACACAGAACUAUGGUCCUUGUUAAGGACUCUAGAUUAAGAUACUGAGAGAGAUGAAGUACACAAAUUAGCACUUGCCUAAUUAUUAGCCACAUUACUUUAAAAAUAUUGUGUUGCAUGUGCGUUGUCUUUCUUCUGCCCAACAACAAAUCUAGCACAUAUCUGUUAUUUGUAUAUUCAUCAAAACUUUAUAAAAAUCCUUUAGAAAACCCUAACUUUAUUACAAGCAAGUCAGAAUUAUUUAAUAUAAAUUAAAUAUUAUGAUGAACUGUAUACCUUGUUUUUGCAUGUACUGUGUAGUUUUCUGCUGUUUUUGUUUAAUAGCGAGCACUGAAAAAAAAA